AGCGUGACGAUUAAAUAUAAUUAACUUUGAUAUUGUUGAAUCAGAGCGUGUUCGACAUAAAUGUUGUGUUGUAAUAGAUAUUAUAAUAUCUAUUUUUCAAUCACACGCGCGCGUAUUGCAGACGCUGGAAGCGGUAUCGGAAGGGCGGUGUGUCGUGUUUUAGCCCGAGAAGGCGCCAAAGUUGUCGCAACCGAUCGGGAUGAUAAGAAGAUUCAGGUAACUGUAAACGCUUUGGAAGGUCUUUUAAGGUUCAUUACUAUUAAUCAACGUCUUAACGUGUAUUAAAACCAGUAUUACAUAAAAUCCGAAAUCUCAUUCGUAAUUUCCUCAUUUGUUAUUCGUCGAGAAUAUAAUACCGGCUUCAAUCUUUACGCAAGAUGUUUCGCAACGCUUGUCGUCCGUAAACAGUUCAAUGAGGAAUAAGUCAAUAUGUAAUAGCUGAUCAGUUCAAAAUAUAUAGCAAAAUAUUUUAAUAAUUAUUGCGCUAACAAUGUUUCUAAUAUAAGAUAAUAACGUAAUUUUCAAUAUAAGAUAAUUAUUGCAUUUCUGUAAACAUAUUUUUACUAAUUGAUGUCUGAUUACAAGUUUAAUCGAUAGCAUAUGUAAUCACUACAUGCAAUCGUAUAUCUAUAAUUGUUGAAAAAUGGAUAAUUCUCGUAUUCAAGUUAUGCAUAACAUUUUAAUACUUUAUAUAAUGUAGUAUAAUCUUUCAGUAGCAUAUAACCGACAGUAGUAUAUGCAGUAGUAGAUAGUAGUACAUAUAUGUAGUAGUAGAUGUAGUAUAACCGAUAUAACGGACAAAUACAUUUCAGUAACAUAUGUUUGCGUUAUAUAAUUAGAAUUUCGUGUGAGCAGGAAAUUACAACUAAUAUGUAUGUUGCAAGCAACUUACAUGUUACCUGUUACCUGUUUGUUACAUUUCGAUAUAUCCCCACGACAAUUCAACCAUCAUGUAUAUUUCUGUUUGAUAAAUACAUUUACACAAUUUUAUCAUAGGUACGGACCAUGUUGCUAUGAAUAUGCAAGUCAUUAAGCGGGAAAGUAUUCAAACAACUUUUAAAAAUGUCAUAAAACAAUUCUCAAAGCUUCCUAACAACAUCGUGAAUUCUACAGGCGUUGUAUUUGGAAUCCGAGUUAAUGCAGUAUUGCCUGGCCCUAUAGACACUCCCAUGUUCGCUGUUUUAUCAGGUAAGAAGAAAGAGAUACUAAUAAAACAAGCAGCACUAGCAAGAAUAGGAAAGCUGCAAGAAGUGGCAGAGGUAACUGCAUUUUAAGCAUCUGACAGGAG